AUGGCAUUUCUUGCCCGCCACGUCUUGCGACCGAGUGUAAGGCAGCAACUCCAGCCCGAUAUUUCACAGGUACAGCGCACACAACGGUGUUUCCACCUUCCCUCCGCUCUGCGAUCAAGCUCUACCGCCUCGCAUCAGAGGCAGCAGCUGCAUCAGCAAGGCAGAUCCAGCAAUGACCCCGCAGUAACUGCCGCUUACCGAAGCAUGGCCACCACUACCUCAAGCGGCCCCGGUAGCAGCAGUAGCAACGGUGGCAUUGGUGAUUUUAGUCCGCACUGUCACCUGCGUUUGCUCAGCGAGGAAGCUCGGUGCCUCUUUCCAGAGGCUGUGCCUCUUGCGUCAACUGAGGUUCCUCUCAGGUGCAGCAGCAGCAGCAACAGCCGCACCCAUGGCAGUACUGCGAGCAACAGCAGCAGCAAGGAGGAGGUCUGGUAUUUUUUGCUUCACGGAAUCCUGGGUGGCCGUCGAAACCUCCGCAGUUUGGCUUUGGGUAUGAUCGCCUCUGAGACAGCGGCUCACGGUGUCUCUAGGGCUUUUUGUUUCGACUUACGAGGUCAUGGUUGCAGCGGUCGGGGUGCUCUGAGGAUCCACUUGAUGGCACGCGAUUUGUACGCGCAGAUCUACUUGCUGCUUAGGGAAGAGGCCGCGAAGCGAGGCUUACACCCGUCCAGCGUCUCGACACACUUGUUUACUAGCGGCAGUCGGAAGGUGUUGCCACCUCACGGGGAAGGCGUGCAGCAUGUUCAGGCACUAGCAAAGGCUUUGGGUAUUCGUCUGGUACUCAUAGGCCACAGUAUGGGCGGCCUCGUGUGCAUGCAGACAGCGCUGGAUGCUUUAGACUCCUCGCUCUUCAAGGCACUGGUAGUGCUGGAUAUUGCUCCUAGCCCUUACCUCCUGCAUCCUCAGGCCGUGGCUCAGUCCGUUUCCUCCAAAGAGACAACCAGCAUCUUCGUUCCCUCGGCAGCAUCGACAGUGACGACGACUGAUGCUGCGACUCCCAGCAGCAGCAGCGACAGCACCAGCAGCAGCAGUGAGUGUUGCCUGGAUGUGGGGAGGAUGGUGCCUCCCCCACGGGAGGGUGCGUACUCCUCUGCGGCCCUUGUGGGUAUUUUGUUGGAUCUGCCGCUGCCUUUAUUCACAUCAAAGGCUGCGGCAGCCAAAGCUCUGCAGCAGCUGCAGCCACCCGUCAAGCCUGCAGUGCUGCAGUGGCUGCUGCUCUCGCUCACCACAGAGACUCACAGGGAGGCAGAACUCAAGCACCUGCUCAGGGAGCAGGUACACGUUGGAAACGCAGAGAGAAUGAGUCAGGGGGUCGUUCUCCCCUCCGAGACAGACCCUCAGGACCACGAGAGCCUCAAGCAGCAUUUGCAACAGCCACAGCUGCAACAACAACAGGAGCAACAGACAGAACGCUUGAUGUGGCAUUUGGAUUUGCAUCACUUGGGUGCCCUUGUGUCUCGAAACCGCUCGCUCGGUUUGUCCGCUGCACCCCUUUCAGUGCACGAUCCACAACAGUCGCUGUCUGAGGGGCACAGGGAGCCUUACAAAGCCCCCACGCUAUUUAUCCGAGGCUCUCAGUCUCCCUGGCUGGAUUAUAAAUUGCAAGGACCAGCCAUACAGAGACACUUCCCAGGCGCUGUGCUGCGGGAAGUUGCACAAGCUGGUCACUGGCUCCAUGCACAACAACCCCAAAAAACGCAGCAAGUCAUUCAGGAGUUCUUGCAAUCGAUUUAA